GUUAUUUUUCAGUCGCUCUCCGAACGCCGGAGAAGCAAGUUACUCUGUCGUUUCGCACCAUUGAUUUUCUCGACUGCGGUUCGAACGGUUUGUUUGUUUUUUGGCUUGAACAAGAACGAAGAGUUUAGCAAAAAAACUAGUGUGCGGUGAUCGUGAGAGUGAUCUUUACCUCGCCGGUGAAUCGAUAGACACUGGGAAUUGGUUGAUUCUUUCCUUUUUUUUUUUAACUUUAAAAGGUGGUUAACGAUGAGGGACAUGGCAGGUAAAAUGGCGGAAUUAAAGUUCGAAGCACCCCUAGCUCGAUUCGAAGAAGAGGAAACAUCCAGUUUGAAAAAUAUCAAUCUUCUGACAGAGCAACUUUUGGAUGCCAGUCUCGAAGCUAGUUUUGGUGAAAAUCUCAACGCCAACGAAUCCGUGACUGCAACACAUGGCAACGGAACUGACAUAUUACAAGAAGGAACCUUCAGCCCGUUCAGUGGGAGUCUUGAGGACCUUGUCAACACUUUUGAUGAAAAAAUAACAUCGUGCUUCAGGGAUUAUGGCACAGAUGUCGAGUCCCUUGCUCCUGUCCAGGUCAGGACGCAGGAAGAAAUCAUGAACGAAUGCCAAAUGUGGUGGACGAUUACCGGCAAUUUUGGCAAUAUACUACCGAUUGACUGGAGCAAAUCCUAUGCGAGAAAAUUGCACAUGCCUGCUUUGAAUCUAAACGAAGCACCAGUCUCGUUGGAAAGACAAGAACUUGAGGAUUUGAGCAGCGAAGAUGAGGCGGUGGCUACAGACCUGGACAUGCAUGCGUUGAUAUUGUCCAGUAGCACAGAUACGCACAGUCCUGAGGAACCGUUGAAGACCGCCGAAGAAGUUCUCAGAGAAAUCGACGAUAUCAUGCAGGAGAGUCCGUCGAUGGAGAGAUCUCCAGAUUCUGAGGGUUCGCUUUUGGAUGCCGACGAAACUUUGGAGAGAAGUAAGGAAGUACUGGGCUCUCCGCUCUACGAAGAGAAACUGCGUCAGCUAUCAUCCGGUCAGUUAACUGAGCUCCUCGGUGAGAUGGAAUCCCUUGUGAGUGCUUUGAGCGAGACAUUGAUCGCCGAACUUGCAUUGAGGGACGAACUUGAGUACGAAAAAGAGUUGAAAAAUCAAUUCAUUUCUCUUCUGCUCGCCGUACAAAAUCGUCGUAGGCAACAUUAUGUUACAAAAAAAAGGACUCAGAUACAAAACAGCAACAGCCCUUUGCCGCAGCACAGGUCUAUACAGGAUUCUAAGUAUUUGACAACCGUUAUACCUUACCACAUGGACAGUGGUCCGCCGGACAAUCAGGCGUUACAAGUUUUAAUAAAAAUUCUGAAAGCCAUAAACGAAGAUAGUCCAACAGUACCCACGUUACUAACAGAUUACAUAUUGAAAGUUCUCUGUCCCACUUAGUAAAAAAAAAUAGAAACCAACAAAAACUAAGUACAUGUAUAUCAUCGUAAGUUACAAUCCGCUGCUACAUGUGAAAAAAAGAACAAAAGAAUAAUUUAAGUUGCAAAUUAAUAAUAUUAAUAAUAAUUUUCUUCUUGCCCAUUGUGCUUUCCAGCCAUCGUUGUGCUGUGUGUGUAUUUAAAAAAAAAAAGAAAAAAAAAGAUAAAAAAAAAUAGUAAAAAAUUAUCAUAUACGUAACGACGGCAGCAGCAGCAGCAGCAAAUUAUUUACGUUCAACAACGUAAUUCAAUGAUUCUCGAAUGAGAAAUUUUUCGAUAAAAGAGAAAGAAAAAAGAAAAAAUUAUAUAUAUAUAUACAUUAUAUAAAGAUAUUACGUAUAUUACAGUAUUUACUAUCGCGACAGUGCAGUGUGACAAGAAAAGGCUAAAAAAAGUAACGUCAGUGUAAAAUACAAUGAUCCGUGUGAAGAUUAUUUUCUUUGCAUAAAAAUCUUUGCGGUCAGUCGCGAUUAUAAGUCGCCGAAUAAACGAGUAAAUAAAUAAAUUAAUAAAUAAAUAAAUAAAAGAAAAUAAGAAAAAUAAGAAGAAUAAACUAAAAACGAGAAAAAUGAGAACGAUAUUUAUUCCGAUGUUUGAAAAUAUUUUCCAAGCAUAGCGGAAAUUUCAAAUUUUAACGUCGACGCCAGUCAGAAUUCACAUCCACGAAAAAUAACCGACGAUACACCUUAUCUAUAUAACCGAUGCGUACAUAAAUACAUACAUAAAAUGGGCUUUCGAUAAUCGUAGUGUGAUAUUAAUUUUUCGGUUCGCACGCAAUGUUUGUUUUAUUUAUUUAUUUUUUUUUUAUUACAUUUACACGCGUAAUUUAAGUGAUCAGAAUUUUUAGUCUUAUACAUGUAAGCUCUCUAAUACUCAAUUUCUAGUCUAUUAUUUAUACGUUACGAUACGAUGUAGAUGAAAAAGAAAAUCUUUUUUUUUUUGGUUUUCCUUUAAACUUUUGCUUCCAUAUUUCACUAUCAGAUAUAAGUUUUUUUUUUUAAAAGAAAAAAAAAGGAAGACACAAUCAUCGCACCAGUAUCUUCAAAAAUUCAUAUACAUAUAUUAUAAAUAAUGUAAUCUACACUUCGCGGUGCAUCCAUUCAAUGAUAUAAUAUUAAUGUUAAUAAUAAUAAUAACGAUGAUAAUUUGUACAUUACUAAUUCACAAUUAUAUAUAUAUAUAUAAUAUUAUAAGAUACGUUCAAAUUAAUUUUUAACAAAUAAUUUUUAGUAUUUUUUGUUCCAUGUGAUUUUAGUGUGCUUUACAAUAUUAUUUGUAUAAAAAAAAAGAAAGAAAAGAAGAGGGGUAAAAAAAACCAUAGAAAAGAGAAAGUGAUGCGAUUGUAUGGAAAUUUGAGUAACGGAAUUUGAAAAAACUGUUACGAUUGAAUAUGAACAAAUGAACUAGAGCUAAUUACGAAUUAUUAAUGGUGUAGCAUAUCUUUACAGAUAGUUUACUGAGAUGAAAUUAUCAUCGCAUGAUAUAGAUUUGAUUAUAAAUAUGCAUAAAAAUAUGUUUCAGUGUGUUAUCAAUAAAAUGUAACGAGUUAUAAUUUGUCGAUAAUGUCGAGGUAAUGUGCAAAUAAUAAAUAACGAUGAUAACAAUAAAGAAAUUGAUUCAGCCGAUCGA